GAGCUCCGAUCCUCUUACAUCAUGGAUUCAACUGUUAAUGUUGUUUAAUUUUGUUUGAAAUCAUCGUAGAUAGAAAAAAAAAAAAAGGCAUUUGGUUCAAGGAGUACUCUUUCGAUCAGAGUGUCCUGUCCAUUCAAUUCAUGGAUCCUUUAGGCAUUCUCUGCAAUGGUUGAUCCCAGCUUAAUAAAGUGCGCAGUUUGACGUUCAUUUCUUCAUUGGUAAUUUCCCUUUCUAUUUCCCUUGAAUAUAUAAGAAUGGAUGUCAUCGAAUUGGUGAGUUGAACAUUCGGUGUUUGUGUUUUAUCAUGAUUUUCUUUCCAUGAAUUGUUGUUGGUGGAAGAAAGCUUUUUUCAAGGAGUGGGUUCUCUUUGCAGGUUUGACAAGAAGUACUGGAUUUAAUAAAAAGCCGGAAUAUUCUCACCUUGUUAGAGUUUUUUUUGUUUUUAUCAAUUUUAUGUUAGAAGGAAAUAAGUAGAAAAAAAGAUAUGGCAAUGGAGCCUUUAUGCGACUGUUGUAGCACGGAGAAGGCAGUGGUUUAUUGCAAAUCAGAUAUAGCUAGACUAUGCUUGAAGUGUGAUGGGUACGUGCAUUCAGCCAACUUACUAUCCCGUAGGCACCAACGAUCCCUUCUCUGCGAUAAGUGCAAUUCAGAAGCUGCAACAAUUCGGUGUUUGGAUGAGAACCUUUCAGUGUGCCAAGGUUGUGAAUGGAGUAAUGCUAAUAAUAAUAAUGGAUGCUCAACUUCAGGACAUAGGCUACAACCAUUAAAUUACUACACAGGUUGCCCUACUUUGUCAGAGUUUUUCGGAAUAUUGACUUCACUUCUCGAGGUUCCUUCUUUGGCCGAUGGAUUUGAUCCUGGAUUGAAACAACCUCCUCCACCAUUACCAUUGUCUCUUGUUAACUUGCAAGCCAAUGAGAUUUCAGGGAGUGGUAGUACUUUUGACCAAAGGUCCAACGAUGGUGGUUUCAAGCAAUUGGAUCCUUGUUCCAAAUUUGAACCUUUGGUGGGGGUUCAUCCACCACCUUUUGCUCCACCUAAUACGAGUUACAUUCAGUACUACAGAGAUCAAUCGACUUUCCUACCAGAAGAAUCAAACGUACUAAAGGGUUGUUCAAAUCUUAAAGAUCUUGGAUUGCAUGAUGGUGAAGAUCUCUGUGAUGGCUUAAAUAUGGAUGAUGUUCAAUUGAAUUUUGAACAUGCUGAUGAUUUAUUUGGAUGUCUACAAAGUAAUGCGAGAAGCACAUUUGAAGAUUUGGGGAAAGAUUGCAAGACAAUUGAGAGGAACUUGUCUUUCACAGAAUCGAAUGGUCCAAUCGAGAAUUUUAUAGAGGUGAAUCAUGUUGCCGCUGGAUCGAGUAAUCUUGUGCCAGCUAUAAGUGGUGGUAGCAAUUGCUUUUACAUGACCCCAAAUUGUAACAACAGAAAUAUCAACCUAGGGUUCCCUAAUGCCACUGGCCAAGUUCAUUCGAGCAUCUCUCUCUCUUUGUCCAACAUUAGUGGUGAAAGUAGUGUUGCUGAUCACCAAGAUUGUGGCUUGUCACCCACAUUUUUUAGUGUCGAAUCUCCAUGGGACUCCACCUUGGAACCUAGCGGCCCACAUGCUAGGGUCCAAGCCAAGUUGAGGUACAAUGAAAAGAAGAAGACACGAAGGUUUGGGAAGCAAAUAAGAUACGCAUCUCGCAAAGCGAGGGCUGAUACAAGAAAAAGAGUGAAAGGAAGAUUUGUCAAAGCUGGUGAAUCAUACGAUUAUGACCCUAAUACUCCAACAAGCGACUUCUGAAAUGAAGCUACCAACCAUCUUUUGGUUUUAUUUGUCAAUGAUGGCAUCUUAUUAAGUCAUGGAAACUGGCUUUUGCAAGUUGCGGUGCGUAUGAUUUGAUUAUUAUUAAAAGCUAACUAGUUUUCUUGAUUGUUUGGUCAUAAGAUCGUGGAUAAAAACAUAGGUUCGACAACUUACUUUCCUUUUUGAGAAUUUAUCAGCUUGCCUACACUUAUUUUUUGCAUUCAGUAAUUGACUUUUGUCACCGCUUUUUUCCCUGGGACAUGUUUUGGGUGUCUUAUGUUGUUUUAUGAUUGUGUUUCUAUUUUCUUGUUUUUAUUCUACAGAUUGUACCUCCACAUUUUUUAUUGAUGUCUUAUCAUAAUUAUCGAGUUUACGAUCCUUAAUAAUAGUGAAAACGUUUCUCCGCAUAAUGUUUAGUAUUUUUAAGUAACUCUUGCAUAUGGAAUUGCAGGUCAGAAAAUCAGUCUCUUCCACGUUUUGAAGAGUGGAUAAGGUGUUAUUUGGUUAACUCCAAACCAUUGUUGUUAACAGGUUAUGUCCCUCUAGAUCACUUUGGAAACCUACACACAUGUUUCUUUUUGUACCAUUUUUUUCUUACUUUUCAAACUUUUUGCUUCAUUCAUCUUUGCUUUUAUCAUACAACAGAGUUCUCAACAGUGUCGUCGGCUGGCUCUCUUAGAUGUCGACAUGCAUGACAAGUGAAAGCGAAUUACAUCUGCAGCAGAACACCUGAGAUAUCAUAUAUAAUAAUAUUCUUGCUUUAGCCAAUGACUCAUUCCUUUCUCUUCUCGUACGUAGAAGGCUCAUGGAAGUUCAAUAAACACGCACAUAAGUCAUACACUAUGAAAGAUAAUUUUAUGCCUUCAAGAUCCACAUGACCUUCAAUUUUUUGCGAUAUGACAUUCUUUUUCAUGCAAUGAACAGUUUGCUCUAAAAAAUAUGACAUUUUUUUCAUGCAAUGAACAGUUUGCGCUCAA